AUGAAUAAUGAACCCUUUCUGCGGUUCACUUCUCACACCCAAACUAAACCUCCUGGAGUCACACCCAAGAUAACGCUUCAGGUCUACAUCCACAGACCCAUGACACAACAAUCAGUCAUUGAUUUCCAGCUACCAAUCUUCACCGACAACGAAGGUAAUUUAAAUGAAACGGAGUACAUUGAUUUCAUGUUAGGUUACCAUCAAAUAAAGCAUGAAGACUCCACAAUGCUUAUUCAUGAGAUUUCGGAAUACACGAUGAAAAUAAUAACAACCAACAUUCUCGAAACGAACUAUCAUUUUCAAGUUAACCUGACACUCACGGACAACAACCCCGAGGAAACUGUAAGACUUGACGUCGACCUCAUCCUAACCGACCUUGAAGGAACUACCAGACCUCUACAUACGGAAGAAUGUAACGACACAUGCACUGUGUGCUUUGAGAAUUUCAACAACGGCAGUUACAUAUGCGCUCUUUCGUGCGGCCAUCAAUUUCAUUUCCCGUGCAUUGACGAAUGGCUCCGUACAAACAUUAGCUGUCCCCUAUGUAGGGAGACGGAUGUUUAG